AUGUCGCUCGACUUUGAAGAUGCCUUGCCCGCCGAUACCCCCGCGAAUCCGUCGGCGAGCUUCCAGACCCUGGUCCAAAACCCGUCGCUGGCUCCUUCCGAGUCGUUCGAUCCUUUUUCCGAGCUUCUCCAUGACCUCGACCCAAGGACAUUCGUCUCGUUCAGCUCAAAUUCCCCGCAGUCCAUCGGCCACUCGCUCAACGGCUCAAUGUCUGGCAGCUUCCUUCAUCGAGCGUCCAUCUCAAACUCUGCCAUUCUGUCGACGGUGCCGUCCCAAACCUUCUCGCCGCUCGCCACAUCCGUGCUCCUCAGCCAGCAAUCACUCUCGGUCGCUCCCACGGCCGAAUCGGAUAUACCCAUGUUGCCCGGCGCCUCAGCCUUCCCGCAGACAGCGGCGUUUCCAUACCCGUUUGACAACAUCCCGCAGAGCUUUAUGCCGUACCCGCAGACGGACUCGAGUUGCUGCUCAAGCAUAGCCCCCAGCGAUCCCUCGUCCGUCCGGUCGUCGCUCGCCGGCAAUAUGCCCUGGAGAAGUUCCAUGGCCCAUCCACAAGUAUCGCCCGCAAGCAUUCUCCAGAGCCUGCUGAUCCACCAGCAAAUGCUCCUCCAAUCGACGCAGAUCCUCAGCCAACUGUACUCGACCCUCCCCAUGGCCCUUCCAGUAUCUCCACCAGCACCCGGCUCCUCUUCCACAAACGGCCCCGGAUCCGAGCCGCCAGCGUCGCUCCCGAGCGCGAAUCCAGCCCUGGAUCCAAUAGUUGCCUCCAGUCUCCUUGCGAGCAGUCUCAAUCUGGUCAACAGCCUGACGGCCUUGAGCGGCGUGAAUGGGGCUGGUGGCCUGGACGCCGCAACGGGCUCUACCCAUGUCGUCGGCGACCUGACUGGAACCGGCAAUCCGACCAUGUCCGCAGCUGCCCUGUCCGGCCUCGGCCCUUUGGCAGGACUCGGUGGAUUUGCAGGCCCUCACGAUGCCACAGAGCUCGGUGCUCUGGGAAGCUUGGACAACCCCUUAAGCUUGGACAACCCCUUAAGCAGCGCACCCAAUGCUUUCAGCACUUUCGGUUCUCCCAACGUCUUUGACAUAUUUGGUACACUGGGCACAGCUGCCACCACCACGGCCGUGCUAACCCCAACCAUCGCAACCAACAUCGCCAGCUUCGGCAACAUGGGUACUCUUGGCAGUCCAAGUAGUCCCGUGGGAUCAAUCGGCCCCGCGGGUCCAAGCAGUACCGACUAUGCUGGAGACUUUGUCUCGCGCGACAGUCUCAGCUUUUUGCCGACGAUGAGCCCCAUAUCUCCAACGGCAGCUACUGCCUUUCCUGCAGGCCUCGCCGGUCCGGCUUCGGGGUCGUCUGUCCCGCCAGUCUUGGUCACCUCUGCGACCUCGCCCGUGCCGAUUGCCAGCGGAGGCACCGCCGCCCCGCCCCUCCGUCUCUCCUCGACACCACCCAAGCUGUCAUCCAUGUCAAAGUCGCAGUCGUCCCGGGCUCCAACCCGCCGCAAGGUCAGCCUCGACGGAAUGGUCGACAUCACCGAGGCACCAAGUCCGCGCUCGUCCAAGCUCAACCCUUCGGCCCUGGGCAAGUCAGGCGCACCCAAUCCGAAAGAGGUCUUCCAGCAUGCCGCUGCACGGGCGUCGACUCGUAAGCGGGUCGUCGAGCACGCCGUCUCCUGCAAGCGGUGCAACCGACCCAUCGGCAUGCUGUACUUUCGCGGCACUCCAGCCAGCCUCGAGAGCCCCUAUGUCGUCGACGCCAAGUGCAGCGACUGCGACACCCGAUCGGGCUCACCGGUUGCCGAGAUGCCCUUCGACUUUGGCAUCGUGCACACCGGAGUCCGCGGUCGCUCGGAUUCCUUCGGCGACCCUCCACGUUCUCCCGAACGAGACUCGAUCGCUUCGUUCCGUCCAUCGUCCUUUGGCGAUGGCUUGCCAAACGCAUUCAUGUCGGGCCUCGGUACCUCUCCGUCUCCGUCGACGAGCUCGUCGUCGCGAAAGCGUGGCCGGGCCAAUCCCGAAAUCCGCUGCCAAGUCUGCAAGCGAGUCAGCGUCAUCGGCGGGGUGCGCCGUCCAUUCCGCUCGACCGCGGCCGAAGCCACCAGCGAUGCAAUCCGGAUCGAGGACGGCAGCACCUCCGAUCGCGACGAAGGCGGGAUCUGGGAAGAGGCCGGAUUCGGCGUCGAGGUCGUAUGCGAACGCUGCCACGGGCGAUACGCCUUCUGCUCCGAGUGUGGUGGCGGUGGCAAGUUCCGCACGGGUAAAUGGCGGCCCAAGGAGUUGUUUGAUAACGGUCGACGCACUUGUUCGCUGCCCCACGUCCGUAUCGGCGACGCCACCAUUCAGUACAGGGUCGUUGAGCUGACCCACAAGAACUACCCGCUGUCGCCGGACUCGCCCAUUCUUGGUGGCAUCAAGGACGUCUUUUUCGACUGCAUGAUCUCGCUCUACGCAAUUCCUUCGAUCAUGGACGAGGCGGGCGACUAUCGAGCCAUUCAGGAACGGGUCGAGCACCUCUGGAAGUACACGGUGCACGACAUCCUCACCGGCAGCGCCGACCACCCCUUCCUGCCAACGUCGCAUAACCGCCUCUAUCUGACCAUCUCCUGGAUCGACAAGCGUCAUCGCAACAAGGGCAAGGCGAAAGCCCAGGCGAAGGAUGCGCCGAUCCCGUGGCUGCAGCGACUUGCGCUCGAGGGCAUGGUCUCGUCGACGACGUCCACAUCGCCAUCGCCCGAGUGCGAGGCCAGCUCAGAGUCCAUCACCGACUCAACCUCGUUUGACUUGGACGGCGAGAACGAGGACCGCUGCUUUGUGGGCUUCAGUAUCGGCGAAUGGGACGUCCGCGGCCACGCCCUCUUUAUUAUCCAAAUGUCGCCCCGAAGCGUGUUCCUGCCGCCGAUGGAAUCCUACGCCGAGCUGGUCCUGCGUGUUCUCGAGCGCAUCCAAGCCGACGCCCGGCGUGAGGGCAUGUCCACUGGUCUCGAGCACGUCUGGUGCUGGACGCACCAUAGCGGCACUCCGGAGGCCCUGUCCCGGCUCGGCACCGUCCCGGAACGCAUGAAGUUUGUCCCCCAGGCCAACUACACCGCGGGCUGGUCGGUCGAGUCCGUGGCGGAGAUCUUCACUCGCCAAUGGAGCGUACUGCUCACGCCCGGGACCGAGAUCUGGGCCAACAGCGUGCGUGAUUUCAUGAAGGAGCUCCAGAGAAGCCGGAAGGUUUCCAAGCGAACGACGCCGACCAGCUCACCAUCGCCGAUCUAA